UUGAUUUGCAGAGGAGGAGCUUGAUGAUAUUUAAGUCGCGUCUUGGUUAUGACACACACACACACCACGGUAGAGAACCCGUCGGGAAGUCGAGUGAGCGCCGGGACCCGUUCGUUCCUGGCGGUGCCGCUGCGCCACUGUGCCGCUGCACGUUUUUUCCCUUCAGCGAGAGAUGAACUCGGUGCGUCGCGCGGCCUCAAAUUGUCGCAAUAAACAAGGCGUGGUAAACAACGAGGAAGUAGCACAGAAAUGUCAGAGCUCUUUCGCAAGUGCAGCAACAAGUUGAAGUUGUCGCGGAGCAGUUCCACCGCGCAGGCAUCAUCAUCAUGUCUCCGCUUUCCUGGGCGUCCCGCAGAUGAGCGUCCUGGUGCGGAUGGGUGAGGCGCUGAGGAACGCCUGCCCCUGCCUCACGUCCCUCUUCGACCGGCUCUUCGGCGCCGCCAAGACCGAUGGACUCCGCGACGACGACGACGACGACGACGCCGGUGUGAGGCCGCCGGAGAGUCGGCGGGACCGCGGCGGGGACGAAGGAGCGGUGUCGGCGCAGCAGUGUUUCCCGCGCUCCCCAGCCCCACUCGCCUCGGAGUCGGAGCCGGAGCCGCCGCCGCCGCCACCGCCGCCGCCGCCGCCGCCCUCCGACAACGUGCUGUACACGGCGCUGUGGUCCUUCGAGGCUCGCGCCGACGAGGAGCUGUCCUUUCAGGAGGGGGACCUGUUCGAGGUGACGAGGCGCGUGGGGGACUGGUGGACCGCGCGCAAAGUGGACCGGUCCGGACGCGUGCUGGCCACGGGCAUCGUGCCCUACAACUACCUGGCGAGAGGCGAGUCCGUCGAGGCGGAGUCAUGGUACUUUGGGGUAAUGAAUCGUUUCGAGGCCCACAAAUGUUUAAUGUCUGCGGAGAACGCUGACGGUGCUUUCCUAUUGAGGCUCAGUGAGAAGGAUGGCGUUGGUUAUGUGUUAUCAGCUAAAGUCAGCAAUAAAAUAAAACACUUCAAAAUUCACCAGAUGCAGGGGCAGUUUUUUGUUGAACACAGUAAAAAAUUCACCACACUGGUGGACCUGGUGGACCACUACAUGUCACAUCCUGUGAUUUGCAUGCAUAAGCUAAAAGUAGCCUGUGUGAAGAAAGAGCCGAAACCCCACGAUUUGUCCCACUCUACAGUGGAUGAAUAUGAACUACAGAAGGAAGAGUUCACUCUGGAGGAGCAGCUGGGCAGCGGAUUUUUUGCUGAUGUCUACAGGGGGAAGUGGAGAAAUCAAAUCAAUGUUGCUGUUAAAGUCCUGAAGACUGAGCACCUUAACCAAAGGGCAUUCCAGCAGGAAACUCAGAUGCUGAAGAAACUCAGACACAGACACCUGAUCACGCUGCUCGCCAUCUGUUCUUCCUCGUACCCAUAUUACAUUGUCAUGGAGCUAAUGGAGAAGGGUAAUCUGCUGAGCUUCCUGCGAGGUCCAGAAGGGAAUGACUUGGACCACAGCUCGUUGAUAGCCAUGGCUGCCCAAGUGGCUGAUGGGAUGGCUUAUUUGGAAUCCGUGAAGAGCAUCCAUAGGGACUUGGCAGCCCGAAACGUCUUGGUUGGAGAGAACUACAUCUGCAAAGUGGGAGAUUUCGGAUUGGCUCGAUUUGUGAAGGACCCGAUUUAUAUCUGUGACGACAAGGAGAUUCCAUACAAGUGGUGUGCUCCAGAAGCCAUCAGGCACGGGCGCUUCUCCAUUAAAUCUGAUGUUUGGGCCUUCGGGGUUCUUCUCUAUGAAAUAUUGACUUACGGUGGAACCCCAUAUCCAGCCUUCAGCAACGGUGAGAUGUACAGUCUCGUCAUGUCGGGCUACAGGAUGCCGGUGCCGCCUGACUGCCCCAUGUAUGUCUAUGAGAUUAUGCUGUCCUGCUGGGAAGCCGAUCCAGGUGCUCGGCCAAAUUUCUACGUCCUGAAGGACAAACUACAGAACUCGCACUGCUGUGAGGGUUGACUUGUCCACCAAAGGACUGCAGUCUUAGAGCAGACAGCAGGGGACAGCAGAGGGUUGGUCAUGUUGAGCAGAGGAGCCCUUUCUGGGUAUUCUGUUGUGACAUGUUGUGGUGUUGUGAAACAUCCUGCAUGGAUUUCCUGCAUCUGCCAAACCACGUAGAUGGGUUCCUUCAGGACGAUCAUCUUCGCAUCACAGCUCAUAGGAAGCUGGUCCUAGAUUUCAUGUGAGCCAGGAGUUCACUGCUUGAAACUGGAAAACAAAAAUAUGAGAGUCACUCUCACAAGAAGCAUGAAAAGGGCACAGACCCUCUUUAGAUGAUCUUUAAAGGGGAGCUCCCAGAUUAAGGCUCCCACGGUGACCCUCCUUGGCGAUUGUUCUUUGUUUUCAGAUUUCAUGUACUAGAAGACAGUCCAUUGUGUGAAUGAUUCCAUGCUCUCUCCAGAAUAUUUGGGUACCACAGUUCAUAAUUAAUAUAUUUUAUCGUUUUAUAUGAUUCCUCCAUGUUUAUACCACAUACUAAUAUUGUCUUUCACUGUAAAUGACACAAAAAGAAUGGGGAGCUUUAUUAACAUUUUUUAAAAUACCAGCAGCCUCAUAAUGUUACCCUUGUACAUUUUUUAUUAUUUGUUCAUACUGUACCUUUUCACACUCAGAAUAAAGCACUGACUUGGACCUUAGUAAAACAAAUGUGCUACGGCAGCAUAAUGAGAUCAGAUGAGUUCAAAUUCAUUGAUAAAUGUCAAAAUGUCACCUAUCAUAAAAAUUUAGUCUAAAAAUAGUUUGCUACAACUGUGUUCAAUAUAAGGCUCCAUCCAGUAACAGCUGAAGACAGAAAUCUAGGAGCACUAAAAGUCCAGAUUAAGGUAGUAAAAAAAGAGUAAAACUGAACUAAACUAAUGUUCUGAGCUGCCAUAUAUUCAUAGUGUCUAUGUAAAGAGGGCUUUUAAGGCUAUGAAAUAUUUUGGGCUGUAUAUGAAGUUAGUGGAGUAUCAGUUCCUAAACAUUAGCAGAUGUUUGGAAGUUGUUGGUUGUGAAGGCUACCUGGAGGUGGUGCCACUCAUUUAGAUGCCUCUCAACCAUGUUUUUCAGCUCCAACAGUAGCUUAAGUUCAGUGAUGUUAAAUCUUGAACAUAAUUUUUUAUUGUAAUUUUUCGAGAGACUAAUCCAUUUAGUUCGAAUUGAGUUUGGACCAGUUUUGAUAAAGCAAUACGUUUGAGACAAUUCUCACUGACAGUGUGAAAAGUAAAAGUUAGGAUAACCAAUAAAAGCAGAAUGUGCAACUGCA